UCCCGGCCAGGAGAGCUGCUCAGACACUCGGCCCAGGUUAGGGAGAGGUGGCCCGCCCAGCCCCACGCGAGACCGCGCCCUCCUCACCAGAUGCCACCUCCCGCGGGGAUCCAAGAGGCUCGGGUUGAACACCCAGCCGGGAAGCUCUGGCCCAGGCCUCGACCAGUCCUGCUCCUGAUCUGGAUCUACCUGUGCUGUGGUCUGGAGGGGAGGACUCAGGGAAGGUCUGGGUCCAGUGAGUGGACGUCCUGGGGGGCCUGGAGCGGCUGCUCCAGCACUUGCGGGCAGGGGGCUUCGGUGCGCAGCCGGAGAUGUGUGCGGAUUUCCCGAGAACAUACCUGUGGGGAAGACUCUCAUCAGUACCGCCUAUGCAGGCUCCCUGAAUGCCCCUCUGGUGCCAUGCCCUUCAGGGAGCUCCAGUGUGCCCUCUACAACAACAGGCCUGUUCUGGCUGACCAGGCCAUCUACCAGUGGGUACCCUUCUAUGGAGCUCCCAACCUGUGUGACCUGAACUGCUUGGCAGAGGGCCACACUUUCUACUAUACCUUUGGCCGAGUGCUGGAUGGGACGCCCUGCAGCCCGGACUCUGAGGGACUUUGUAUCAAUGGCCGCUGCCUUACUGCAGGCUGUGAUGGAGUCCUGGGCUCCGGGACCCACGAAGACAACUGUGGCCAAUGUGGUGGCAGGAACAGCUCUUGUCUCUUUGUACAGCGCAUCUUCAGUGAGGCCGCCCCACCCUCAGGUCAAUCAUAUGGCUACUGGAAUGUGACCCUAAUUCCCAUUGGUGCCCGACACAUCAGAGUCACUGACCGGAGCCGCAAUUAUCUGGCACUAGUGGGCAAUGAUGGGCGCUACGUCUUCAAUGGAGACUGGGCCAUUGACUGGCCAGGAACCUUCCAAGUGGCUGGGACCCAGGUCCACUAUAGCCGCGCCAAUGACCGUGAUGAGAGUCUUUGGUCAGCUGGGCCCACAGGCGAAGACCUCUACUUGCAGGUCCUCUUCCAAGAGCCCAACCCAGGCAUUGAGUUUGAGUUCUGGCUGCCAAGGGAUGCCUAUUAUGCCCUGCAGAGCCACAGGAGUCCUCUAAGGCAGCCACAGACUCGGGAGGUGGAGGUGGUACCUCAGGAGGCUGCCCCAGCCUGGACUCGACCAGCCCCCUCCUCUCCAAGAUUCUCCCCACCUCGGGAGCAACCCACUGAAACAGAGACCUGCAAGCCAUGUCCAGGUGCCAAGGGACGGAGCCAGCGUCUGCUUCAUUACUGCAGGAGUGACUUUGUAUUCCGGGCCCGCGUCCUGGCACGGCUCCGUGUGGGUGAGGAGACCCGGUAUGACAUUCAGGUGCAACACUCUUACAAGAACUGGACCCCGCUAGAGCGAAGGGAGUUCCUCUGGGCCCCAGGAGCCUGCCCCUGCCCCCUGUUGGUCCCUCGAGCAGAAUACCUGGUGGCUGCCCAGCGACACAUCAACUAUGAGGGUACCUUGGACCGGCUGCUGCUGCCCCAUGCUGGCUAUGCCCGGCCCUGGACUCCCAGAGAAGACACCCGCAUUCAGGAGGUGGCCAAGCAGUGUCCCCAGGCCCCACCAGCAGGGUGAGGCUACCUGCCUAACAUCUGGAGAGGGCCAGGCCUAGCCCAGUGGACUGCCCCCAAGAGAGGACCAGGCUGGGCCUAUCAAGCAUCCCUGGAAAGGGCAGAUCCAUUCCACAAUAAUGCCGUCCAGGAUGGUAGCACACCAGGGGGAGUCUUCUGGGUCAUGGGCAUAGGGGAGCCAGAUUGGUUUCCCCAUUCCUCGCUGGUGCCUGUGGUUGCCCCACCUUCAGGAUGAAGCAGCAACUGAGGACCAGGACUGGCCUCUGCUUUGUCCCAUGGCUACCCUCUGGAUCCUGAAUUUUUCUUCAGUCUUCCAGCCUGCAGGGUACCAGAUGGGGGCUUACACACACACACACACACACACACACACACACAAAGUUGUAGAUCUCUCUCUUCCAUGGACACAUAUACAUAAGGCACAAUACAGUGACACAAUUUGGAGACAGCAUAUGAUGCAGGUCAAAUCACAGGCACAAGGCAUCCAAAUGCAAGCAACACUCAAAUUUUCAAUCAUUCAUUCAAGAGACACUUUUUAAGCACCUACUAUGUACAAGGAAGGGCCUCUGCUGGGCCAGGAAGGGAUAGACAGACCCUGCUCCUUAGGAGCCCACAAUCUAAUAGGGGUAAAGAUAUUUACACCAUUUUGAUGAGAAUAAGAUCAUGGUAGAGGAGAGAGUGAACCAGGCAAAGUGCCAGGAGAAAUUUGAGGGAGAGGUCAUCCUGACCUGGGGAAUUAGGGAAGGAUUCUGGGAGGAGACACCACCUGGGCUGAGCCUUCAGUAUUUUAACAAACAGAAACUAAGAGGAGGAAAGGAAGCCCCUCUAGGAAUGGGGGACAGGGUAAACUGAGGCAGAGCUGAGAGAAGGCACAAGAAUGGGGAACCAUCCAGAUUGGCUGGAACAGUCUGGAAACGCAGGUCAGAGCCAGGUUGUGGAAGACCAUGAAUGGGGAGCCCUUUUGAGCAGUGACAUUACUCAAGGCUGGAGCCAAGGAAGACUGGCUUGGUAGCUCUGGGAUAGGGUGAGCUGAGGUUGAGCCAGGAUAAUUUGAAAGGGAGUAGAGAGGUGGAGGGAGGAUGUAACAGCUUUAGAAGACAGACUCAAAUUAGGUCUAAUAAUUAAUCUAGGGAUCUAGGGAGAACAUGUGCCUUGGCAAUGCAAAUGUUGGUGGGGUGUAUAAUAGCGCAUAAAUGGUUUGUUUUUCAGA